AGCGGAGAGAGCAGCACUUUUUCGAAAGGGAGCUGCGCGCAGUGUUUGACUGACAUCCAUCUCGAGGCAGUCUCGCAUUUAUCACGUAUUUAUUUCAUCGCACCUGUCAUCCGCGUUUCUCGGGGCGUCCCGAGGUCGGUCUCGGGAAUAAUCUCGAACUCGCUCGGAUCCUCGAACGUUACGGAGCACCAUCUUGCUGUCGCCCAGAGGUUCUCGGGGCUCUUUAACCUGUCUGCCAUUUUGCGCGAUCUUUGAGCCCGUCAGUGACCGAGUAUUCGGCGGCGGUGCCCGCGAAUAACUCGUUCGCUCGUUGAUACGUUCGUUUCGCCACGGAUUGAUCGACGUGUGUGAUUUCCUGGAGGAAACAGGCCCCCGGAGCCCCGGAUACGCGCGGUCGAAAAACUGAGCAGGCGACUUCCGAGUCUAGGCAUCUUUUCUGCUGCGCCACCGAUUUUUCUACGCGUCUGUUGCAUAUUUUCUCCUGCUCGUCGUCAGCCAGUGUGACUCAUAAUAUCACGAAUGUCAGUGUGAACGAUUGUUUCUGUAUCAUAUUUUGGAAAGACAUCUCAGAAGACAGCAGGGAUUGUAUACAAGUGUGACCAUCUUCGAGAGCAACAAUGGAUGUAGAUCUGCCAGAUUUCUCGUCAAAGGACGAUGAGAUUCAAUAUUGGAUGGACUUGGCUCAUCAAAUGCAUCAAAGAAAGUAUGAUGUUGAACGUGAACUGGAAGAGUUUCAAGAGAAUUCACAAAUGUUGGAAAAAGAAUUAGAAACCUCCUUGGAACAAGCAGAAAAAACGAAUAGGGAAUUGAGACAGAGAAAUGCAAGACUUGCCACAGAAGUUGAACAGUUGAGAAUGCGAUUAGAUCAGCAGUCUACAGAUUGCGCUAUGUUUCAAGGAAAAGCACAAGAUUUACAGCAACAGCAGGAGCAUCUUCUAAAAUAUAUAAGAGAAAUUGAACAAAAAAAUGACGACUUGGAAGAGCUUCAUAGGAUAAAUAGGGUCACAGAAGAGGAAAUAGAAGCUAAGUUUAAUUUAGCUAUAGAAAAAAAUGCUUUACUCGAGUCAGAACUUGAUGAAAAAGAAGGCCUAAAAGUUAUAGUACAAAGACUGAUGGACGAAGUUAGAGAUUUGAAGCAGGAGAUACAAAUACACGAAAGGCAUCAUUCUGAUAAUAAUAAGAUCGUUGAAAGAGUUCGUAAUAGCAUUGUCGACAGUAAUAAAUUACAGGCUGAAUUGGAAUCGAAUUCACCCGCUAGCCAGAUAGUUUCACAAACUAUACCUCCAAAUAAUACAACGACCUCACCGAUAAAACUUGGACAUGGGAUAGUAGGGGGUGUUAUUGGAAACAACAAUAAUAUGAGUCAACCAUUGCCGCCCUGUACCAGAAUACUGGCGAUGAAUAUGAUUGGUGAUCUCAUGCGAAAAGUCGGGGCGUUGGAAAAUAAGCUGAACACGAGUAAAAACGCGGCUCGAGAAGAUCAAGUUCUCUACAGAGCUAGACGGCAAGUCAGAAGCCCAGCCUCAGGAAACAACAACCACAUUCGAUUGUAAGCGCAGGAUAAUGUCGCAGUGCAAUCAUAUAUUCGCACAUCGUCACAUUGUACAAUCCCUGUAAGAGAUGUAAUGCGAAAAUUUUCUUAACAAUGACUUUAAGUCUUAUUAUUAAGUUAUUUUGAAAGUUUAUAUAGUUGUUCGUAAAAUUAGAAAAUACUCUUUCAUGCCAGAAGUGAACAAUCAGAGGCAUAAAAAAAUUAACAAAGCAUAAAUCUCCUUAUAUUUAUUUCACUACAAGUUGUUCAGGAGUUGAUAUUCCGUACUGCGUUAACGAAAUUUUUUCCUACGAUAUCUUGCUUGUUAAAAAAAACAUAUAAAAUAAUUAUAUAAAUUGGCAGGUUGAUAAGUUACUAUACACUUUUCUAUUGUUUCAAGUAUAUAUCGAAUUACAUUAAUUUGUCUCUGUAAUUAUCACAAGCGAUAAUUUUUCAGUGAUGUUGAUUAAAUAAAAUGCAGCAAACGGAAUACCACUAUUUA